AUGGCCGGACGCACCACCGUCUUCCUCACGCCAGAGGAGACCCAGCGCGUAACCCAAAAGUUCAAGCUCGGCGCCGAGCAGCGCCAGGCGCGUGCCGGCGAACCCUGGAAGGCUGAAAACCGCAAGGGACUCAUUCAGCAUGCGACCUCGACCUCCCUUAUGCAGGAGCUGUCCCUGGCGUCCCUGGGAUUCGGCGGCGCUGCGGCCCCGAAAAAGGACGACAGCAUGAUGACCUAUGCUAUCGGCGCGCCGUACCCGCCAUGCGUCGUCGAUGCUAAGGAGCUCAAGCCGAUCAAGCUUGCGGAGCUGCAGCUCGAAAGCCACCAUCGUGGGAAGAAGCUCACGGUCCGCCGCGUCUCCCCCGUCGCGGAGCUCAAGACAUCGUCAUGGGCCGUGGUCGAGGCCGUCGGUGAAGACGCCGACCAGGUCGUGGUGGUCGAGACGUAUCUACACAAGCAACGCCUCGGCAAGGAUCUUCUCGACUCAGCUUCCGAAUUCGCCAUCAAGGAGCCCUAUUACACGCUCAACGGCGACAACGAGGCCGUGAUCCGUAUCAACCACCCCUCAGACCUCGUCAUCACUGCGUUUAGCGAGGACCCCGAGUCCUGGCGGGAUAAUUACGAGGUGGAAGACCCCGCCGUCACACCGGAGCAGUUCAAGGAAAAGGGCAACGCGGCGCUCGCCGAGCAGAGGUACUCCCUCGCCCACGCCUACUACACCCGGGGCAUUGCCGCUGCCGACGCCGACGCCGACUCGGCCAGCACUCUACCGCAAGAUAUCCGUCGCAACCGCGCGCACGUCAAUCUCAUCCUACAACGCUACGACGAAGCUAGCGCCGAUGCGUUGGCAUCUCUCACCAACGGCGCCUCGCCCGAGCAGCAGUCGCUCGACGCCAAGGCCUACUUUCGCGCCGGCACCGCCGCUUAUGCCCUAGGCGACUUCGAUGAGGCCAAGCGGUGCUUUGCGGAGCAGGACCGCCUUCAGCCGGGCAACAAGACGACGCAGAUCAACGUCCGUCGUACGGCCAAGCGCCUCGAGGAGCAGGCCAAGGGCAACCACGACAUGAACAAGGUCGUCGCGAGCCUGCCCAAGACGCAAGGACGGCCCGACGUCGCGAGUUUCGACGGAGACACCGUGGUCAAGAGCAGUCCCGGCGCGGGUAGCGGGUUGUUUGCGGCGCGGGACUUCAAGUCCGGCGAGCUCAUCAUGUGCGAAAAGGCAUUCUGCAUCGUCUCGAGCAAGGACAAGGCCGGCGCCGCGGUGACGGCGCUGACCGUGGACCUUGAUGAGGACUACGCCAUCCGCGUGUUCCCCGCGGGCCUGCACCGCGCCGUCGUGCAGAAGCUGCUCAACAACCCAUCGCAGGCUUCCAAAAUCCUCAGCCUCGACAGCGGCGCGUACCACGGCGUCGGUGCGGCCGGCGCCUCCACCGCCGAGGGCCCCGUGGUCGACGCCUUCCAGGUGCACCACGUGGUGCAGCGCAACGCCUUUGGCCUCGGCCCGCAGUCCGACGACGAGGACGUGACCAACGCGACGACCGGCCUGUGGGCGCGCGCCUCGCGCCUCAACCACGCCUGCGCGGCCAAUUCGGUCAAGGACUUCGCCGGCGACCUGCUGGUGCUGCGCGCCGCGCGGAUGAUCCGCGCCGGCGAGGAGAUCACGCACACGUACGACGAGAACGGCGACCACGACGCGCGCCAGGCGGCGCUGCAGAAGACGUGGGGCUUCCGCUGCGGAUGCGCGCUGUGCGUGGUGGAGGCGGAGGACGGCGAGGCGGUCAGGGCGAGGAGGCGGGAGCUGAUCAAGGAGGCGAACGAGUUUGCGCAGGGGAACAACCCGAACGGCGCGAAGAUCGUGGCGGUUACCAAGGCGAAGCGGCUGAGGAAGGCGCUGGAGGAUACGUAUGACGAGAAGAGGUUCAAGGAUCUGCCGAGACUGGCGACAAAGGUGAUUGAUCACUGGCUGGCGAUUGCGCAGCGAUAG